UCUUUUAAUCACUUCCAUUUGGCUCUGAAGGCUUGAAAAUCCAUGUUUUGCUGCAUUCAACGCUAAUAAGUUAGUGGCUUAAUAUACAUCUUUUCCUAGAAAGAGUGCAACAUCUUUUUCAUCGUUUCAAAUAUGAUGUUAUUUCCUUCGUUUCAAGACUGAAUGUGAAGUACUUGUGCUUUUCACUAAUUUUAAAUAUGAUGUGUGCAAGCUUUUACCAACACGAAUCAACUAGAACUUAUUAGAAUGCUACAUAAUGGAUCCAACACACAGACGAUUUAAGUGGAUUAUGAUUUAUAGUAAGCAUAGAGGUUGCUUGGCUGACAGAAGAGUUUUAUCAUCUUAAAAAGUUGUCGAAUAUUGCUCCAAUUGGAAGUUCCUGAGCAAACUUCGGUAGUACUGCUUAUGGUAUUGACAAAUUUGUGGUGCGAUUAUAUUUGAUUAAUGCUUCUAACUAUUCAAAGGCUUUGCAUCUGUACGUUUGAUUGGUAAUAGCAUGCUUUGUUGAAAGAAACGAGCAUGUGGUGCUCUGCAUUUCCUGACACUAAGUUAGGGCUUACUAAUUUCGAUUGCAAAAAAUCCCAUGAGUGAGAUAGGUACUUCCAAACAGUCCAAUUGUGCACGUACAGUGAGCUGCAUGGGUAGUCUGCACAUCCGAAACCUCAAUUCUUAUAGGUAAACAUAUUCUAUUUGAAACUGAAUAUUGCCAUCCUUUUAAUAUUUAUUUUAUUUUAUUUUUGUUUGGUGACGAAGAUAAUGAGAAAACCACUAGGAAAGAUCUUCUGCAUAAGGAACAUAGCACCCUACAUCACAGUAUAACGAUGAACACAAUGGGUAUGCCAGUAGUUGCUCUUUCAUUCAUACACCAAGUAAUCUUUGUUACCAUAUUCGCUUCUAAAAAAGUAAUCUUCCUCCCUGGCUUUCUAGCAAUUGCAUAACCUGCAGACUUAUUAGAUGUACGAACCAAGAUAUGAGCUGCAAAACCAACAACUUCAACAAAGUCUGCUGGAUUUUGCCAUUCUCCUGAGAAGGCAACACGUCGCAGAUGGACUCUAACUGCAGAGUAUUGGGAGAUAAUCAUGUGAGAGUUUGGUACAUGCAGAUUAAAUAAAGCCUUUAAUAAGGACAAAGCGUUCAAAAAGUUAUACCGUGAGAAGAGGCUGCUUUAGUGAUGAUACAUCUGAAGCCAUCAGAACUGCCUUACACAAAUACAUGCUAUAUUGUGGAUUUUGCCAUGGAUCAGACAGCAAACAAUUCAGGCGUUUUUCAAUCGACAACAUGCUAUGUGUAGCAAGGACAGUAUGACUUGUUCUUUUCUGACAAAGGACCAACAACACAUGGCCUAGGACCAUGGUUUUCGAGUCGCGUGACUAGUCGUCGACUAGUCGGUGAGUCGCAAAAAAAUGUCGACUCGAGUCACGAGUCGUGACUAGUCGCAACUGCAGGCUCGACUUUUUCCGAUUCGCUACCCCAGAGCGACCAGAUGAGUCGCGACUCGAAAACCAUGCUUAGGACUCUCCAUACACUUGCCAUCAGUUUAAAUCUGAAAAUGCAAUCACUACCACCACUGAUUUGGCAGGAGCUGCACCAGCCACAUUUUUCCUUUAGGAGCUCCACAGAUAACUUUUGACCAGUCAGUGCAAAAACAUUAACAUAUUUCUUACAUAUAUUGUUUUUAGCCGAAAAGAAACUGCAUCCGGGCCAUGCUUCUUUCUUCCUCAUUCUCUGAAAGCUUGUGCUUUAACUCUCCAGUGGCCGAUGCUGCUGUUUGACCGAAACUGUAGUACUUUAUAUGCAUAGCAUUGCCAGAAUGGAGACAGCAGUUACUUGCUUCUUUUUGAGGUGAUGCAUCUUUAUGGUUCUCUUCAGACAAACCAUUAACAUGUAAGCCAGCAUCAUGCUUAGAAUUGCAGCUAUCCUUGUUGGCACUAGAGGCAUUAACCAGUCGUCCCUGAACUAGAAAUUUUUCCAAUGUUCACCUACAGUGUGUUCCCUUCUGUAGAACAUGAAAAGAGCGUCCGCCAAAAUGUCUAAAUUUUAGGUCAUACUAUACAAGCGUUCUAUCUUGAUCAAAGGCCAUCUUGGUACGGACGGCCAGUAUGUUGCUUUCGCACAAUAUUGUUGUCCAUUGUUUUAAGUUUUAACCACUUCAUACCAAUAUACCAUACAGAAUUAUCACAAAAUUUCUGUAGCCAAUGCGCAAUUUUCAUGCUAUGGGAAGGUUAGCAGGUGCAUCCGAUGCUGAUAGAUCACGCGAAUGGUCUUAUGACAAACCCGCUGUAGCAAUGUUUGUCGGUAGCUUGAUAGAUAAGUUCUCAUGUAUGCAGCAGAUACACUAAUUCACAGAAAAUUGUUGGACUACGAAAAGUAAAUAAAAUAUACGGAUGCACGGACACACUCUCUGUUUAGGUAUACGGAUGCAAGGCCAUUUAUUGGGCAUUCCAUUCAGUUCAAUAAUGGUAAAUAGUGGUCAUUUAGCAGUUGAAGUUCAUUAUCUGGUUGAUUUUCGUUAUUUUGUCAUCCGUGUUUUUCCAGUGUUCUUAGUUAUAUUCAGACCUGUUCGGAAUCUCUCCACUUCGCUCCAGCUGUGGAGCUCGGUUUUAGCCGCUCCGUCAAAAUGAGCUGCAGCCUGCUUCACUCCGGGAGCGCAGAGGAACCGAACAGACUCUCAGUCAUAAUCUUCAGUCAAUUAGUUUUCUUCAGGUUUCAAGGUUUCAGUUAGUUUUGCAUAGUUCUUUACUUUGUGUGUUUCUUAUUGAUUGUUGCUAGGUUCUUUACUUUGUGUAUUUCAUUCUCUCAUUGAUUGCUGCUAGGUUUCAGGUGCACUGUCAUUGUAUAUAUUCUCUCAGCCUCUUUAUUCUUGAAUUCAGUAUAUUCAGCUCUGCAGGAAGGUCCGUCUUCACAUCAAUGUCAUCGGAUAGUGACAAUGAUAGUGAUAGUUAUGAAGAAAGGAAGAAGAGGGUAUGCCACCAUGUCCAAUCAAUGUCCAACAUCUAUGCCGGUGCAUCAACACUUGCAGGGAAGUACUGUGACAACUAUUUGAUCAAGGCAGACCCAAGGAAUUCUAUUCUCAGUGGGUUCGAAUGGCUGCAGGAGACAGUCUCAACACCUGGAGAAACAUAUACCAUGUUGAGGAUGAACGCACGCCUCUUCUUUCAAUUGCAUGACUUGUUGGCCAAAAAGUAUGGCUUCAAAUCAACCUGUUUCGUAAGCAGUUAUGAAGCGCUUGCAAUGUUCUUGUGGACAUUAGGGGGUUGCGAGUCUAAUAGGAGAACACAAAAUCGUUUCAAGCACUUAGGAGAUACAGUCCACCGGAAGUUUCAUGAGGUUUUACUCUGUGUGGUUAAGAUGGCAGCAGAUUACCUGAAACCUAAGGACCCAAACUUUAGUAGUGUGCACCCAAGGAUUCAAAAGGAUAGAAGGGCUUAUCCACACCUUAAGGACUGCAUCGGCGCACUAGAUGGUACUCACGUCAGAGCUACCAUUCCUGCUGGCGACCAAGUUAGAUACAUUGGAAGGUCAGGAUCAACAACACAGAAUGUUCUGGCAAUAUGUGAUUUUGACAUGCAUUUCAUGUACACUUCAGUUGGUCAACCCGGCUCUAUGCAUGAUACCAGUGUCUUGUAUCAUGCAAUUGAAGCUGACAAAGAUACCUUCCCUCAUCCUUCAAAGGGUAAGUACUAUCUUGUGGACGCGGGCUAUCCUAAUAGACCUGGAUAUCUCGCACCUUACAAGGGAGAAAGGUACCAUGUGCCUGAUUUUCAACGAGGUGUGGCGCCAAGAACACCUAAGGAGAAAUUUAACAAGAUACACUCAUCCAAGCGUAAUGUGAUCGAGAGAGCAUUUGGUGUGUGGAAAAUGAAGUGGCAGAUUCUACUAAAGAUGCCCAAUUAUUCAGUUGAAACUCAAAAGAUGAUAGUGGCUGCCACUAUGACCCUUCACAACUACGUUCGAUAUCAUGAUAAGGGUGAUCUUCACUUUCUUCGAGUCGACAGAGAUCCCAACUAUGUCCCAACUAUCCCUUCAAGGUAUCAACGGUAUGCCAUCCCUCCGAAUGCAUCAGAUGUGUCAACCUCGGAGGCUAGUGAUAAAGACAUGGACCUGUUCCGUAAUAGACUAGCAACUAAUAUUGCUCUUGGUUGGUGACUUCCACUUCUGCUAUAAAUGUGAAACCAUCCGAAGCAGAGUAUAUAUGUUUUUGGUUCUAUUCAAGCAAUCACCAGCAUUGCAUAAAGGUUUUCAUGUGUUGAAUGCAGGACCUCCACUGGACUAGAGUGAUGUCUACAAAGUACAUGUGUUUAUGCUGCCUUUGUUUGUGUUUAUCUUAGGAAAAAAAUCCUAUUUGUUUAUGUUGCUAAAAUCAUGUAAUUUCAGCAAACUCAUGCUAAAGCGUUCUUGUGCG